AUGAAAUUGAGAAGUCUGGGACUGAAGCAUGCUGGACAAGACAUUACCAAGCUUAUUGCCCGAAUAAUGGCUGGUCUAUAUCCUAUCGUGCCCUGCCUUUUUCACUUUUCGAAACUUUUCUUGAAAGUUGCAGGAGAUGACAAGGGCUCAUUUCGAGCUCAAAUGCACAACAAAGAGGGGAAGAAUAAUAAAUUACAAGGUUUCAUUCAAAAUUUAAUACUGAAUUCCAUCGUGAAAGUGUUCAUUUUACACUCAAGCAUAAGUGGCCGCAUUAGAAUCCCAUUUUACUCCCAAUGUGGACAAGGGCUAUACCAGCAGAUACCAUUAUUUGGCGGUCUUCUGCCAACAGAAAAACGACUGAUUCAAGCCUGCGAAUGCAUAGUUAAGCACUACGACGCGAUUUAUUAUACCAUCGUCUUUUCCUGUCGUCACCUAGAUCUGGAUCUCAUCACUUUGUACUAA